CACACCUCCGUUAGCACAUACACUCCCCUCCCACUAAGAGCAACAACAAAUUCCUCACACACAUAUAGAAACAUAGAAUGGCCGCCGAAUACUCUAAAGUGAUGGGGAACGCCAUCACCGACACAACUCUGGGAGCCAUGCCGGAGUACGCCGGAAAGACCAUCACCCAGAACGACAGAGCCACCGUCGCCGCUCUUCACCUCAAACGCGCCACCCAAGACCAGAACUCCUCCCUCGUUCGGCAAUACACGGAGCAGCUAAAGAAGGAACUAGCAGCUGCAGGCCUGGGUGCCGCACCCUCCACUGUGUGCGUCAUUCACAAUCUCACCGGAGACACGGUGACCUUUGCGAUCAGCCAUGUGUGGGAUAAGCCCGCUGUGCCUCCCGUCCUCAAAGACAUUGAGAACGGGCAGACGCUUGUGUUCAUGAACAAAGAAACCCACGGAACUGCUGUCGUGUAUCGCGGCAAGAACUCGGCUAGAGAGGAGUGUGACUGGAUGCUGUCCUGGUCUAACCUCAACUGGGACGGCAAAUCUGUUAACAAGGUUUAUACUGAAAUUAAUGCUGCUCAUCACUAUGAUACUGCUAAUGUUUGGGAUGCAAUUAGCAAACAGUUGGACGUGUCUGGCCCCAAAAGUACCGCCGCAUGGAAUGGCUGCGUAUCUAAAGUGACGAUUGAUAGCGGUGCCCCUACCCCUACCUUCAAUGCAUAUCUCACGUUGGCUGAGAAGGCAUAAUGCAAACUGUGCAAGUAUGAGUGUCAACCUAAAAUAUCUAUAAUGAAAUAAUCCCUAUAUAUAUAUAUAUGGAAGUUCAUGAAAUAAAUAUGCGGGGAUAAUAAAUUUGUGUUAAUGCAUGGAUCAAUCGUAUACGUAUCGAUCUUGAAUGGUUUUGUUGACCGGUCGUUGUAUCGACAUAAACUUUUGUAUUCAGAAUAUCUAUAUAUAAAAA